AUGAAUUUAUCGUUAACAGACCAUGCCCGUGAAUGGCUUAAUAAGCUAAUAGACCAAGAUGCUCAAUACAAGGACCUCGCAUCUAAAAUUGGCUAUAAUCGCCAUGAUAAUGCUCAAAUGAGUGGGGCACUGGAUACUGAUUAUGCUGUAUCCCAUAUUAAUGUGGGAGGACAACUUGAGUUCGAAAAGACAACUUCAAUUCCACCAGAAUUGCUCGAACGAUUAGCCGAAGUAAAGCAAUGUUGUCGAAUGGGUAUUUUUCCACAAUGUCGCAAAGCAUGGCUCACAAUUGAUUCUGAUUUAUACCUGUGGAAUUACGACGAUGGGGAGGAUUUAGCCUUCUAUGAUGGCUGUCAAGACAUUAUCAUAUCAGUUUGUUUAUUCCGACCCAAACCAGGCGUUCUACCAUCAGCUAUUGAGUACCUUUUGGGCCUUGCUACCCCUACGAAUCUUGUUAUUUUGGGUGUCAAUUAUGAUUAUUCAACAUCUCCAGAUGGUUAUUACUGUAACGGUCUUAUUAAUGUAUUACCAAUUCCCCUUUACUUGAUUCCUACGAACAAUUUUUAUAUAACAUGUUUGGAAGGCACAUCAAAUGGAAGGCUCUUUAUGGGAAAUCGCGAGGGUAAUCUUCUUGAGUUCACUUACAAGGCGGUUCCCACUUUGGAUGAGAGCUUGAAUGCUCAUGAUCCGGGGUCUUUGGAGUGCUGUGGCAUCACCAAUCACACAGCAUCAUCGCUGGAUUUCUUCCUUCCAACUAUUUUGACAAACGGGUUCCGUUCUGCUGGUGCUAUCACUCGUAUUGCUGUCGAAUCACGUCGAAAGCUGCUAUGGACUCUGUCUGAGAAUUCUCACCUGGCCGUGUAUCAGUAUGAUGUUCCUGGCACCAAAACUGCUCCAAAUUUUCUAUCUAAGUUAGCAAGUCUAUCGCAAUCCGACCUUGCUUAUCGGGCUUCUUCUGUUCUACAGAAUAGAGAUCGGAGUCAUUUCCAAAAGAUUAUUUCCAUUUGCGCUAUAACUGAUGAUUCUGGACCCAUUCAAAUGAUGGCAGUCACAUCAACUGGCGUCCGAAUUUACUUUGGUGACAGUCUCCGAAUCGCCCAUGUUCGAUUUCCUCCUCAGAUUAUGAAAAAUCCGAACAUCUCUAUGCUCUCAACAAGUCAGCACACCUCAAUUCAGCCUCUUCUACAAUCACAACAACAACAACAACAACAACACCAGCAUCAGCAGCAGCAGCUUCAACCUCAAUCUCAACAGUCCCAAUUUGCCCUAGGUGAAGUCAGACUAGUAGCUGAAACUCGAGGCACAGUAAUCUUCGCUUCACUUCCUCCCAGUUUCCAACUUCAGACACCAACAGCUGACCAACAGCCAGACACCCUUACCAUAUCCGUCGCUUCUCCUGACGCCUUUCCAUGGUCACCUAGUCUCUGUGAAACCAUUUCCACUUCCCUUAAUGUUGAAUCACCUUGGGCUCUCACUGUUCUUCCCACAGUAGAACAUGAAGGUGAUUCUAUUAAUCCAGUCUCUUCAGCCAGUUUCAAUAAAAAGGGUAUUGAGUUGCCUCAUGAUUCAUCCGUCCCUGCUGCCUUUCCUCCACUUGAGCCUCAGCAACCAGCAUAUAUGGGGCCUCAAAAUCAAAUUUCUGGUACACAGACUUCAACUUCGGGUACACCAACUCCCGCGACUACAUCUCAACAACCAUUUCCGAAGGGGGCUCCUCCAGUUGUGUUCACUCAACAUCUUGAUCCUCCUUAUAGAAAGGUUCUGGUCAUUACUGCUCAUGGUAUUGUCCAUUUGCGUCUGCCUACUCCACUUCAACGUUUGCGCGAUUACUUUAUUCGAUCUGUUGUCUCUUCGGCCGAAAAUAUGACGACUACUGCUUCAGCGACGGCGGCUUUUGGAGGGCUAUUCGGGGAAGAUGUUGGAGACGGUGGAGGAUUUCUGAGCACCUAUUUACAUCAGUUUGGCCCACAGGAGUCGAUUUGUGCAGCUAUUGCGAUUGCUGCUUCUGAGCAGGGCAAAUCCGAGGUUGUUGCUCAGGCAGAGAGAGCUAUUAUAUUCUUUUCUACUGAAGCCGCGCGUUUCUGGAACCCUCCCGUACUCCUCACUGGAAAUCCCUCUUCUACAACGGGGGGUAUAAUGCAACACACUGGCUUCGGUACUUCAUUUUCAGAAUUCGGAUUCUCUGGUUUUAUUGGCAAUGCACAAGGUCAGCAUCAACACCAAAAGCAGCAUGAUGCUCUAAUGGCUGACGUUUUUCUUGUUAUUGGAGCUACACUCUUCCUUUCUCGUGUUGCCCGAUCUCUUUGGCGUACUCCGAUGCUUGCUGUAGCUGAUCGAUCAAUCACUUCUGGUCGUCAUGUUGCUGAUGGCACGUCAUCUAAAGGCAUCACUGAUCUGUUCUACUCGCUUAUCUCAUCAAUUGCUAAAGCUGCUAUGUCUUCUGGAUCAAGCGAUGGCAAUGAUUCCAUAAUUCUCACAUCUCGCUUGAGCUCGGAAGAUUUGGAAUGGGUUCUCCAUCAGCUCCGCUAUCUGAAAGCCCUAUUGGAGUCCUCCGCUCAAAAGAUGUCCACGACUAACUCGGGGCAGCGUAGAAUUGGUACCACUGAAUCUAGUCACUCACCCCUCUCCCGUCUUACGCAGGAUCUGUGCUCCCUCCUUUCAGCGUUUAUUGAAUUUAUUGGUCUCUGGCAGAUUAUCAGCCAGCAUAAUGUUCCUGCUAUCACGAGUCGGUUAACUACUGAGCAACGAAUGGAUUUAAUCAACCUUCCAGUCGAAGCAUUUGUUUGUUGGAUGCCCCAUACGGCUGCCGUUUCAACCCCAUCAACUGUUCAAACAACUCCAGACAUUCGUUCAGCUCUCAUAUCGGCCCUUUUAGACUAUUACAUCUCAGGUCAAUGCCAAUCAGCAUCUGUGGAUACUCUUUGUGCCCGAUUGCGAGCAAUUUGUCCAAGUCUAUUUGGGAAUGAGGAUGCUUUGUGUGCUAGAGCUGAAGAACUCCUUAUGCGAGCAGCCACGAUCGGUAUCUCUGAUCAACGCGGAGCACUAAUCAAUGAAGCGGUUGACCUUUUAUACUCAGCAGGUCCAUCGAUAAAUAUUGCCCUUGCAACUAAUAAACUCAUCACCACAGUUGGUGCAUGGGGUCUUGCUGUUAGCCUCUGUCUCACAGUUGCUAGGCAGCGGGAUCCCCUGGAUGUAGCCCUGCAGUGUCUAAAAGAGGGACGGACACCUGAAACAGCAACUGAUGUGUCAGUUAGGAGACUCGGAAAGGGAACUUCAGCAGCAAAAUCUGAAGCUGAAAUGGUAGAAGGACGAUACGAAGCCUAUCGUUCUGCUCUUGGUUGUCUGGGUGGUCUUUUAGAAUUAGCCAGACUCCCAACAUCAGUAUCCAGGAUUCCUGAACCUGAAAGCGAAAUUAAAUACGAUCCUGCUGGUGCAUUACAGUGUAUUGGUCUCAACCCUACUGUAGACGUUGUCAGACGAAUUCUGCUCGAUGUUCUGAAAUUGAUUUUCAAAACCGAUGAUAUUCUGGCGCAUUUUGAAGUUAUUGGAUGGCUCCUCAAUCACGAUCUUCUUGAACAGGCUGUGGAACUUAAUUCACCUCACUUGGAAGCCUAUUUGGAAUCUCGUCUGCGCCAGUCACCCAACAAUGUUCCUCUGAGACGUCUACUUUGGAGACAACUCGAAUCCCGUGGGGCUAGGCUGGAGGCGGCUAGGGUACUUGAAAAUCUUGCUACAACGAAUUCCAGUGAGGAGGGUCUAACUUUGGAGGACAGAUUAGACUAUCUCGCAAGAGCUAUUGUUACAGUAAAGGCUCUACCUCAAUCUCAAUUGGCAGAAACCGCGGACUAUUUGGCCGAUCUUCAAGAUCGACUAGAUGUUGCAGAAUUACAGCGUCAACUAUGCCUGGAAUUGGCUGCUACAUGUACAAGUUCUACAGCCAAUAUGUCAACAACCUUCUCACAGGCCUCUGUGGAGGUGGCUUUGAAUGAGCUCACUAGAGGACCUCUUGUUUCAGCAUCAGAACUCUUUUCAACUUAUGCUGAACCUUUCGAACUACACGAAUCGAAGCUGCUUCUCAUGCACUUUGCUGGAGAAACGGACGCUGAUCUUAUUGAGGCAAUAUGGUUGGCCCUCCUCCAUCGUCUUUUGCUUAACUCCUCUGGAGGAGGCAAUAAUUCUCAUAUGAGUUCCCCUGUCCCCCCACAACGCAGACGCCUCUCAGCUAGGAAGACGGCUCGAGGCUUGGAAUUCACCAUUGCCAACUGCUUAGGUUGUCUUUAUUCUCGUCUCGCAGCCGCUGUGGUUCCUCAAAAUCUUCUGCUUGUCGCCAGCUCCGUUAAAUUGCAUGUGCCUACUACUGUUGACUACACCUUUUUCCCUCUUGUUGUAAUUAUAUCCACUCUGGAGCGUUAUGCAAUUCAACAGAAUCUCCCCAUCAACUUUGUCUCCACCAUCUUCAGCGAUGCCAAGAUUCCUUCCAGUCCUGAAAUAGUAGAAGCUUACAACAUAAUUAUCUGCAAGAAGGAUCCCUUCUGGAUGCGCGAAAGCGUCAGAUCGCGUCUCAUGGAAGUUAUCUACAUCUUCGUGGCAGAAUUCAUCGAGUCUGCCCCUCGACUUUCACCUAGACAAAGACAGCUACAGAGUAGCCGAAUGCUUGACCACCUGACAACACACUUGGUGGAACUCCACGCAGAACCCAAAUCUGGUGGAGACCAUGUCUUGAUAGACGGAGGUAAUGGUAGUGCGAGUGGCAUCCAGAGCCAGCAUCAGCAACAUUUGUUGCUGAUGGAGAAGUUGCGAGGAUUGAGGAGACAUCUCGAUAGAAUGUCUGCCUCCGGUGCUACCAUUUGA